GAAGUUUUUCACGUGUUUGGUGGCUUUAUGCAGAUGUCACUGAGCUGAGCAGAUAAGCUUUCAGUGUUACAGAGCCCUCGCGGGAAGGAGCCGCAGCUAUGCCAGUGUGAGAGAGCAAAUUUGUGGGAAAGGAGGCAGGAGUGAAUUCCUAUCCAGGAUGAGGCAGUAUGUGCCAGUUCCAACUGUUGAGCAAGAAAAAGCCUAUGAUUAUAAUUCUGCUUUUGAACCGAGACCGUGUAUGUGUUUGGGAGUUUGCUGCUGCUGUGCUGCGCUGCGACCUCGCUACAAGCGUCUGGUAGACAACAUAUUUCCUGAAGAUCCAAAAGAUGGUCUUGUUAAAGCUGACAUGGAGAAACUGACUUUCUAUGCAGUUUCUGCACCAGAGAAGCUGGAUCGAAUUGGGGCUUACCUGGCAGAGAGAUUGACCAGGGAUGUGGUCAGACAUCGCUAUGGUUAUGUUUUAAUUGCCAUGGAGGCACUGGACCAACUUCUAAUGGCUUGCCAUUCUCAAAGCAUAAAACCAUUUGUGGAGAGUUUCCUUCAUAUGGUGGCCAAGCUUCUGGAAUCAGGCGAACCAAAGCUGCAAGUCCUUGGGACUAAUUCUUUUGUCAAAUUUGCCAACAUUGAAGAGGACACUCCUUCCUAUCACAGACGCUACGACUUCUUUGUGUCCCGGUUCAGUGCCAUGUGUCAUUCCUGUGACCCUGAUCCAGAAAUACAAAAUGAGAUCCGAAUUGCUGGAAUCAGGGGCAUUCAGGGCGUGGUUCGAAAAACAGUAAAUGAUGAGCUGCGAGCAACUAUCUGGGAACCUCAGCACAUGGACAAGAUAGUGCCAUCACUGCUGUUCAACAUGCAGAAAAUAGAAGAUAUUGACAGCAGAAUAGGCCCCCCAUCCUCUCCUACGGCAGGAGUGAAAGAAGAAAAUCCUUCUGUGCUGGCUGAGAAUUGUUUCAGGGAACUACUGGGACGAGCAACCUAUGGAAAUAUGAAUAAUGCUGUCAGACCAGUUUUUGCGCAUUUAGACCAUCAUAGACUAUGGGACCCUAAUGAAUUUGCUGUUUCCUGCUUUAAAAUUAUCAUGUAUUCUAUACAGGCACAAUAUUCCCAUCAUGUAAUACAAGAAAUCCUUGGACACCUUGAUGUCCGCAAAAGGGAUUCACCACGAGUUCGUGCUGGCAUUAUUCAGGUUCUUCUGGAGGCAGUUGCAAUAGCAGCUAAAGGAUCAAUAGGCCCAACAGUUCUGGAGGUUUUUAAUACCUUGUUGAAGCACCUGCGCAUCAGCGUUGACUUUGAGCUGAGUGACAGGCACAGUUCAGCAGAAAGUGUCACUUUAAGCACAAGCUCCAAGGAGAAUGAUGAGAGAAUUGUCCAGAAUGCAAUUAUUCAAACAAUUGGAUUUUUUGGAAGCAAUCUCCCAGAUUACCAGAGAUCAGAGAUUAUGAUGUUCAUUAUGAGCAAAGUACCUGUUUUGGGGACAACUUCGCAAUCAUUGGAUCCCAGUAACCUUGGAGAUUUGGGAGCCAGGAGGAUUCAAAUCAUGUUAUUGAGAUCUUUACUAAUGGUGACUUCAGGAUACAAAGCCACAACAAUAAGUAAUGCACUUCCUCCCCCCUUUUUGGACCCAUUGCUGUCUCCUUCACUCAUGGAAGACUCUGAGCUGAGGCAGCUGGUCCUGGAAAUCCUGCACAACCUCAUUGAUCGGCACGACAACAGAGCCAAGCUGAGAGGGAUAAGAAUAAUACCAGAUGUUUCUGAUCUAAAGAUAAAACGAGACAAGAUUUCAAGACAAGACGUGAGCUUCAUGAAAAAGCAUGGUCAGCAGUUGUACAGACACAUCUACUUAGGCUGCAAAGAAGAAGACAAUGUCCAAAAAAACUUUGAACUCCUGUUUACAUCUCUAGCUCUUACCACAAUUGAGCUGGCCAAUGAAGAAGUGGUUAUUGACCUCAUUCGAUUAGCUAUUGCCUUGCAGGACGUUGCCAUCAUCAAUGAGGAUAAUCUGCCAAUGUUUAAUCGUUGUGGUGUCAUGGCAUUGGUUGCAGCAUACCUGAACUUCCUGAGUCAGAUGAUUGCAGUUCCUGCCUUUUGUCAGCAUGUCAGCAAGGUCAUUGAAACCAGAAGUGUGGAAGCAGCUUAUUUUCUACCAGAAACAAUUUUCAAAGACAAAUGCGAUCUUCCAACAUCCUUAGAGAAGGAUGAAAAAGAUUUAUUUUUCCUGACAAACAAGAUUGCAGAAUCAUUAGGAGGCAGUGGAUACAACGUGGAAAGAUUGUCAGUUCCAUAUGUGCCCCAGGUUACAGAUGAGGACAGACUCUCCAGGAGGAAGAGUAUUGUGGACACAGUGUCUCUUCAGGUGGAUAUUCUGUCUGGCAACAACACAGAGGAUAAGAUUGAUAAUACUGAAGAAAUCACCUUUGAAGCUUUGAAGAAAGCCAUUGAAAACAAUGGACUUGAAGAACAGGAAAAGGAAAAAAGACGUCUUGUGAUUGAAAAGUUCCAAAAAGCACCGUUUGAAGAAAUCGCAGCUCAAUGUGAAACCAAAGCAAACUUGCUUCACGAUAGACUGGCACAGAUACUGGAACUCACCAUCCGUCCUCCGCCUAGCCCCUCAGGAACGAUGACCAUUACUGCUGGACAUGCUCAUUACCAUUCUGUUCCAGUCUAUGAGAUGAAGUUUCCAGAUCUUUGUGUGUAUUAAGUGUCUUCUGAAGUCUGCUGGACAUUAUUUAGAGUAGAGUACAAUAGAAAGAACAAGAUGAGUUUUCAAAUUUUAUUGUUUAUUGUAUCUAACUUUAAUAUAAUGAUGGACAUGAGCCAAAUACUGAUCACUUUAGCCAAAUUCAUGAAACUGUCUUGAAUUGUUUUAUUCUGUAAUAUAUUUUGAAAUAGGGUUUUCACAUACCAUGUUUCUUCAUUUUCAUAUUUGAGUACAUGUAAAAGUCAGAUUUAAAACUUGUCUUGCCAUAUAGGUAAAUAUUUCAGUUACUCUAGGAAUUUGUGUUGCUUCAAAUUCCUUUAAUUUGAGAUAUUGUAACUGAAAAACCUAUUAAAGCCUUUUUUUGUUUUGGUUUGUUGGUUUGUUUUGGUUUGUUUUGUUUUGUUUUUUGGUUGGUUUGUUGGUUGGUUGUUUUUUUUGACUCCGCUCCACCUCAAUUCUAUGUGAAACGAGAAUGCUUUUGGCUUGCUUCAACUCAUUCAGUGUAACCAGUGGAGCACUAGCUGAGCUCCCUCUUGUUCAUGCUGUCAUAGCUACUCAACUUGUUUGGUUUGGAAUAGAUGGAAAAAACCAAAACUUUACAUGUGUUCAAAUACAGUGAAUGAAUUAAUGCACUCUUGUUAAGUAUAUUUUGAUGCAUCACAUAACAUGCUUUUUAGAUAGGUACGUCCAGUAUAUGUCCUGUGUUUCUUGCUAAAAGUUAAAUCUUAAGCUUUGCCUAAGAGGGGAGAAAUCUCUUGAAGCACGGAAUUGUGCAAUAUAUUUCAUGUCUUAAGAUGUAUGGUUUACAGACUGUACUUUUGAAAACAUUGUAGUAUUUUACUGCCUGCUUUAGUAUAAAUACAGGAGAGAUAUAUUUAGUAUAGCAGAAAAUAAACUGAGGGCAUUUUAAAUCAUAAAUACUGAAAUUAUAUUCUAUGAGACAUUUCUCUGUAGUUUAUAACAGCUUUUUAGUCAUAUUUUAGAAAUUGAAAGAAAACUCAGUGAAACCAUUUAAAAAUCAAGAAUUUAUUACAUAUAUUUUCAAGCAAAAGCAUUUUUAGAAAUACAUCUCUGUGUUUGUUUUUGUUUCAUUUCUCAAACCUUUAAGGUAACUUUCAUAGGUUUACGUAUCUGAGCAUAUACUAUUCAAAUGUAAAUAAAGUAAAACUGAGAGUAAAUCAUGCACAUUUGAUGAUAAUUGUCAAGGCAGUCUUUAUGACUCGUUAAAUCCUGCAGGCAAAAAAAAGGAAAACAGCAUUCAUUGAUGCCAUGAAUAUUAAAGUCCCUUAAUCUGUCUGAAUCUGACUGGGGCAGUGCAAAUCUGAAUGAAUGAUCUCCAAUAUCAGUAAUAAAUGUAGAUGUUUAAUUGAGUGUUUUGGAUGAACACUGAAUAUGAACAAAGUAACCUAACUUCAAUUAGCCUUGCUUUGAGCAGGAGCUUCGUUUAGAUGACUUUCAGAAGUCCCAACCUAAAUUAAUCUUUGAUUGCAUAACUCGAGAUGUGAAGGAUUAUGAGCCCUGCUAAUUUGCUGACUUUUUGGAGCAUUUGCAAACCUACUAUAAAAAGGAUUUUCCUUUUUUUGAACUGUAGUCCAGUAGAAUACUGGACUACAUUUAAAAGCCUGAUGUAUCAUGACAUCAGAGAAACAUCAGCUACUUAAACCUAUGAGAUGACAUGCUGAGACUUUCAGAAAGCAUUCACAAAACGCAAAAGGUAAUUGAGACCUUCUUUUCAGUUUAACAGUGCAAUCACAGCUGUUAGUGGAUGACGAAACAGCCCCUUAUCUACAGCAUUCCGUUGUGAUUUUUACUGCUGCAGCGUAUCAGCCUGAUCAGACCACAGUCUACACAUAAAUAGGACUCUAGCUUUUAGUUUUCACUUUUUUUUUCUUUUUUUUUUAAGGUAAGAUAAUAGUUUUUUGGCCUGUAUAAAGAGUGUAAUUUUUUAAAAAGUAAAUCCAACAUAGGGAUACAAUGUAAAACACCUACCCACUCUGUCAUUUUUUUAAGAAUAUCACUCCGCACUUUUGUACAAGAAGAAGGAGUCUAAGUAAUAAAGAAUGUACUUCUGUUUGCACUUGUGCAGUAUGGAGACUGUGCUGUAAAUACAGGAUUGUUUCUGUGAUUGAAUUCUGUUGCAUGAAUGCUGCAUGUGAAAAAACUAGAUUCAGCGUUUCAUUUUCUGUUCAGUUGAUGAAGUAUUUUUCCUUUAUGGUGAAGGUAGGUUUCCGUGUUUCCAAUGUCCAGUUUGGGAAAUGCAGGUGUUGUGCAGGUGUAGUGCAGGGAGUGAAGAGCUUGUAACACUCUGUGUGUUCAUGUGAUCUUUAAUUUCUUUAUGGAAAUUCAGGGAGUCUGUAAGUUGAUAAUGGGUUCACUCUGGCCUUUCUAGACACAUGGGAGAUGAGAGCGACUGUAAAAUGUAUUGUUUUGGUAGUUACUGUUAUAUGAGCCAAUGAAUGAAACCAAAAGAAUUAAGAAUGCUGUUUGUUGUACAGUACAAAGCUGCUUUGUUUCACUUAUCUCUUUAUGUUCUUCAGACAAGCUGCAGAACUUAAAAGCUCCUUAUAAAAGCUGGCACUGUGUUAACUGCAACACACUGAGCACUUAAUGGUUAUAAUUGGUACCCAGUUUAAAUGUAUUCCAGCUGUUGCUUGGGGUUCUCUUUCCUAUUAUGUCAUCUUGAAAAAAAUGUAGCUUUUGGUAGUGAGUCACUUUAAGAUAAAUUAAAUUCAUGGUAAUUUUAAAAGGUAGAAAUAGCCUGUUGUCCAAAAUCAGAGUAGGGUUAAUUUGUCUGUUGUUCCAAUGGUCAUAUAUUCUGUACUGUACGUAAUGAAGCAGUUUCAAUAAAUGUAAGAACACACUGUGCAAUCUAUAUUUAAGCAAUAAAAUAAACCAGAAU